AACAGAAAACAAGAGCCACAAGAAAUAUGACACCAUGCUGUUGCUCUUUCACUACUUCUGCCUCCAUAUCCAAAUUCAUCUCAGAAAAUCCACACCUCUCCAUGCUAGAAAACCAAUGCACCUCCAUGAAAGACCUCCAAAAAAUCCACGCCCACCUCCUCAAAACUGGCCUAACCAAGGACACGGUCGUCGCCAGCCGGCUUCUGGCCUUCUCUGCCUCCCGAGCCGGAGACAUCAACUAUGCCUACAUGGUUUUCAGACGCAUAAAAAAGCCAAACCCCUUCAUUUGGAACACCAUCAUUAGAGGCUUCUCCGAAAGCCAAAACCCGAAAACCGCAGUCUCUCUUUUCAUUGAAAUGCUGGUAGCUUCAGAAAUUGAGCCACAGAGAUUGACUUACCCUUCAGUUUUCAAGGCUUAUUCUCAAGUUGGCCUUGCCAAAGACGGAGCCCAGCUUCAUGGAAGAGUUAUAAAGUUGGGUCUCGAAAGUGAUGAAUUCACGCGAAACGCGAUUAUACACAUGUAUGCAAAUUGUGGGUUUCUGAGUGACGCAAGAAAACUGUUUGAUGAGGACUUGGAAUGUGACAAUGUUGCAUGGAAUUCUAUGAUCAUGGGCCUUUUCAAAUGUGGUGAAGUGAGUGAAUCCAAGAGGCUGUUUGAUAAGAUGCCUUCGAGGGAUUCAGUUUCUUGGAAUUCGAUGACUAGCGGAUUUGUUAGGAAUGGGAAGUAUGCAGAGGCAUUGGAGUUUUUUGGUGAAAUGCAGAAGGAGAGGAUUAGGCCUAGUGAGUUUACAAUGGUGAGCUUGUUGAAUGCUUCUGCUCAGUUGGGAGCAAUUGGACAAGGGGAGUGGAUUCAUGAAUACAUAAAGAAAAAUGGGAUUGAAAUGAAUGGAAUUGUUGUCACGGCGAUUACAAACAUGUACUGCAAAUGCGGAAGCAUCGAAAAGGCUCUUCGUGUUUUUGAGGCUGCCCCGAAUAAAGGGUUGUCCUGUUGGAACACCAUGAUCAUGGGCCUGGCCGUUAACGGUUGCGAGGAGGAAGCAAUUGAGCUGUUCUCGAGGCUUGAAACUUCAAAUUUUAUACCGGAUGGUGUCAGUUUUCUUGGGGUCCUAACAGCGUGUAAUCAUUCGGGGAAGGUGGAGAAAGCAAGGGAUUAUCUCUCGAAAAUGACACGAAGUUAUAAGAUUGAACCUUCGAUAAAGCACUAUAGUUGCAUGGUUAAUGUGUUAGGCAGGGCAGGACUUCUUGAAGAAGCAGAAGAGCUUAUAGAUAACAUGCCGGUAAAAGCAGAUGCCAUUAUUUGGGGAUCAUUGCUCUCAUCUUGUAGGAAGCACAGUAACAUUGAGACGGCAAAACGAGCAGCAAAGCGUGUGAUCGAAUUGGACCCAAACGACAGCUGCGGUUAUGUUCUUAUGUCAAAUGUCUAUGCUGCCUCUAGUCGGUUUCAGGAAGCGAUGAAGGAGAGGCUAUCGAUGAAGGAACAGAAGAUAGAGAAAGAACCGGGGUGUAGUUUGAUCGAAGUGGACGGAGAGGUUCAUGAGUUUAUAGCCGGUGGAAGGCUACAUCACAAAGCCCCAGAGAUCUAUUCUCUGUUGGAUGAGUUGGGGUUUAUGAUUCCCGAAAUGGGGUAGGUUACGAUGCUUUAGCAUCAAACUAUCAUU